AUGAGGACUACCCUCACAACACUAGCCCUGGCUGCCCUGCCAUUGGGCGCAAGAAGCAAUCCUACCAUUGGUCAACCAUGGCUGUCCCAACGGGACGAGACCCUCCCAAUCUACAAGAACGCAUCUUACUGCGUCAACGCUCGUGUAGAAGAUCUCGUUCAGCGGAUGACACUCGAAGAGAAAGCAGGUCAGCUCUUCCAGACCCAGCUCUACCAAGGACCCAAUGGCACCCUUGACGAAGGUGACGCAGCUGCCCGCCGCAACAGCACCGACAAUAUGAUCGGAGAGAAGUUUAUGACUCACUUCAACCUUGUUGGCGACAUCAACGACGCCAAACAAGUAGCCGAGUUCGUCAACCUCGCCCAGCAACGGGCACUUGACACCCGUCUGGGUAUUCCCAUCACCCUAUCAACAGAUCCUCGUCACCACUUUACGGAGAACAUCGGUACUGGAUUCCAGGCCGGUGUGUUCUCUCAGUGGCCUGAGACUCUGGGCCUCGCAGCUCUGCGUGAUGCGGACUUGGUCAAGAAGUUUGCCGAGGUUGCUCGCGAAGAGUACAUUGCCGUGGGUAUCCGGUCUGCCUUGCAUCCGCAGGUUGACCUCUCCACAGAACCAAGAUGGGCUCGUCUUGGAAACACCUGGGGAGAGAACGCCACCCUUACUAGUGAGCUUCUGGUAGCGUACAUCAAGGGCUUUCAAGGGGAGAAACUCGGCCCUCACUCCGUCACAACCGUCACCAAGCAUUUCCCCGGUGGUGGCCCCAUGGAAAACGGCGAGGACUCCCAUUUCACCUACGGCAAAAACCAGACCUACCCCGGUAACAACUUCGACUAUCACUUGAUCCCCUUCAAGGCUGCUAUUGCCGCUGGCGCGAGGCAGAUGAUGCCGUACUACUCCCGACCUAUUGGUACUGAGUUUGAACCCGUGGGCUUCUCCUUCAACAAACAGAUCGUUACCGACCUUCUGAGAGAAGAGCUUGGCUUCGAAGGCAUCGUCGUCACAGACUGGGGUCUGAUCACCGACACGGUCAUUCGUGGCCAGGAUAUGCCGGCUCGGGCCUGGGGUCUCGAACAUACUACUGAACUUGAGCGCGCCGCUCGUGUCCUCGACGCUGGUUGUGACCAAUUCGGUGGCGAGCAACGCCCUGAGCUGAUUGUGCAGCUGGUCAAAGAGGGUACUGUUUCCGAGGAGCGCAUCAAUGUCUCCGUCCGCCGCCUUCUUCGCGAGAAGUUCCUCCUUGGCCUUUUCGACAAUCCCUUCGUUGAUCCCGAAGCCGCUGCCAGAGUUGUCGGAAAUGACUAUUUCGCCCGUCUUGGCAACGACGCCCAGCGCCGCGCUUACACCCUCCUCACUAACAAUGACAACCUCCUGCCUCUGAAGCACAUCCCAGGCAGCACGAAGUUCUACAUUGAGGGCUUCAACGCCACGUUCCUCGAGGCUCGCAACUACACCGUUGUUGAAACCCCCGAGGAGGCCGACUACGCUCUGCUCCGUCUUGAGGCACCGUAUGAGCCCCGCCCCGGCGGUUUCGAGGCCAACUACCACGCCGGAUCUUUGGAAUACUCUGACGAGGAGAAGAAGCGCCAGGCCGCCAUUUACUCCACUGUACCGACCAUCGUGGACGUGAUCCUUGACCGCCCUGCCGCCAUUCCUGAGGUGGUAGACUCAGCGGCUGCCGUAUUUGGUAGUUAUGGAAGCGGAACGGAUGCGUUUUUGGAUGUCGUCUUUGGCCUCAGCUCGCCUGAAGGAAAGCUUCCCUUCGACCUGCCGCGGUCGAUGGAGGCCGUGGAGGCGUCCUUUGAAGAUGUGCCUUUUGAUACGAAGGAUCCGGUAUUCAGAUAUGGUCACGGGUUGAGAUAUGCUGAUUUGUGCUCCGCGCACUAA